CUCGUCCACAUUUUUCGCAGGGAGAACCGCUUCUCACGUCACGUUUCUGGCGCGGGCAGGAGGAGGAGGGUGGUGGUGGGAUUGCACUGCUCUUCAUCAUUCGCGGGGCUUCUCUGCUCUCUCGCAUACAGCAGGGGAUCGGACUAAAGGAAUGGCUGUACGUCGGAAAGAUUCUGUGCGCUGUGCUGUAGCUGUGCUGAGUGACUAAGUGGAGCCGUUCAAGCCAUGGAGGAUAUGGACAGCAAACCCUACCAGCCGUUGCCUAAGGGGCGCCAUGAAAUGGAGAUGUCCUACACCAGCUCGUCUGACGAGAGCGAGGAUGGCCGUGCCCACCACCGCUCCUACACCUCACGUGAAACCCUUCCCGACUACACACACGAGCUGCGCCUGACCCUCGGUUCACACCGCGAAAGACAGAGCAACUACAGCCAACCACAGCCAGAUUUAGACUUCUGCCAGGCUGGGCAGAUGAGGAGCCCUGACUACCACAUCCACCAACAGCAGCAGCAGCGUCAGGAGGAGGAGGAGGAAGCGCUGUGCACCGGGCCGGUCACUCAUGUCCAUAGCCGCGCGUACUCCCUGGGUGUGGGCUCCGACGUGGACACGGAGCCCGAGGUGGACCCGUCUCCCGCUCACGGCCUGCAGCACAUGUGGAUGCGUGGCCUCAAGUCUGAGCAGAGCUCCUGCCUGACGAGCCGCGCCAACUCCGCCCUGUCUCUCACUGACACUGAGCAUGACAGGAAGUCCGAGCCUGACAAUGAGAAGUGGGUGCGAGGCCGAGCCAUCGACCGGGGCGAGGUUGACGUCGGCACCCAGCAGAGCCAGGCGAUCCCGCCGGGACUUUUCUGGAGGUUUCACAUGACUGUGCACCAUCCAACCUACAUCAAGUUCAACCUCUCGCUCUCACACAAUGCACUGCUGGGGGUCUACGGACGCAGGAACAUACCGCCUACACACACUCAGUUCGACUUCGUGAAACUGCUGGAUGGGAAGGCGCUUCCCAGGUCGUUGACAGAUCCCAUCUCACCUGCCAAAACUCCCAAAGGCCUGCUGCUGAGUGGACUCCAAGAAACAGGCUUCAUCGAGUACAUGGACCCCGGCACCUGGCACCUUGCUCUGUACAACGAUGGACGCAACCUGGAGCAAGUGUUGCUCCACAGCAGUCCCAUAGACUCAAUGGACGGUUGCUCCACAGACUGUAAUGGAAAUGGAGAGUGUGUGGCUGGACACUGCCACUGCUUCGCUGGAUUCUUGGGUCCUGACUGUGCCAAAGACUCCUGCCCCGUGUUGUGCAGCGGCAACGGCAUAUAUGAGAAAGGAAGGUGUGUGUGUCUGGCCGGGUGGAAGGGGGCGGAGUGCAAUGUCGAGGAAGGUCAGUGUAUCGACCCCACCUGCUCCAACCAUGGCUCCUGCAUCCAGGGAAUCUGCAUAUGCAGCCCCGCCUACAAAGGGGUUAACUGUGAACAAGUGGACUGCAUAGACCCUCAGUGUGGCGGGCACGGCGUGUGUGUGCGUGGGGAGUGCGUGUGCUCAGCGGGCUGGGCAGGAGUGAGCUGUGAUGACCAGCUGCCAGCCUGUCAGGAGCAGUGUUCGGGACAUGGCACCUAUCUCCCCGAGUCAGACACCUGCGCCUGCCAGCCCAACUGGACGGGACCCGACUGCUACACCGAGUUGUGCCCGGUGCCGUGUGGCAGCCAUGGUGUUUGUUCGGAGGGCCGGUGCCAGUGCGAGGAGGGCUGGGUUGGCGCCGCGUGCGACCAGAGAGCGUGCCACCCUCGCUGCGAAGAACACGGCCAGUGCCACGACGGGACCUGCAUCUGCCAGCCUGGCUGGGAGGGAGAACACUGUAACAUUGGUGAGUUGUGUGUUGAUUCUUGUGGGGACGGCUGUCCAGGGUUGUGCAGCGGGCAUGGGCGCUGUACCCUGGAGCAGAGCGGCUGGCGUUGCGUCUGCCAGGCUGGAUGGAGUGGGCCUGGAUGCAGCGUUGUCAUGGAAACUGACUGCAGUGAUGGAACAGACAACGACGGAGAUGGCCUGGUGGACUGCGUAGACCCCGACUGCUGCGAGCAGCUGAGCUGCGGCUCUGACCCCCUGUGUCACGGCUCCGCCGACCCCUUGGCCCUGUUGCAGCAGAGCCCGCUGACCCCCGUGACACCCCCAUCACCCACCAACACACACACACACAGCUUCUACCGCCACAUACGCUUCCUUCUUGGCAAGGCAGCUACACACACUCUCCCUGGAGACGUGCCCUUUGAUACCAGUCGGGUAGCGGUGAUCCGGGGUAGCAUCGUGUUGCAGGAUGGCUCUCCUCUGGUUGGUGUCAACAUCACCUUCCCUCAGCAUCCAGAGUAUGGUUACACUAUUAGUCGACAGGACGGAAGUUUUGACUUGGUCACCUUGGGCGCAAUGUCUUUGACGCUGAUGUUCCAGCGCCCACCCUUCCUCCCACAAACACGCACAAUCUGGACACCAAACAACAACUUUCUUGUACUGGAUCAGGUGACCAUGUCCAGGGAGGAGGCUCAACCUCCUAAGUGUGACAUCAGGAGUGUUUUGAGUCCCUACCCGCUGGUCCUGCCCUACCCUCUUCCCAGAUACACCAGAGCCUGUGCCGAGAAGGGGCCAGCAGUACCUGAGCUACAGGCUGUGCUGGAAGAAGUUUCAAUUCCUGGAGGCUUUGUGAAGCUCAACUAUUUGAGCUCCCGUGCUGCAGGCUACCUCUCUCUGCUGCGAAUCCUCCUCACACCCCCUUCCCCGUCGUCCCCCGUCUCCCCACUGGGAGGUCUGUCCAAGGUGCACGUCCGUGCAUCCGUCCAGGGAAGGUUGUACCAGCGGUGGUAUCCUGCAGGGCCAGGCCUGGUCCACAGACUGGUGUGGAACAAGACGGAUGUUUACGGCCAGGAGGUCUGGGGCCUCACUCAUGCGACCGUGUCUGUCGGCUAUGAGUACGAGUCAUGUCCUGGUGUCAUCCAGUGGGAGAGGAGGACGGCUCUGAUGCAAGGCUUUGAACUGGUCCCCUCAAACCUGGGAGGCUGGUCCCUGGACAAACACCACACCCUCAACAUACGCAGUGGAAUUCUUCACAAGGGAAAUGGGGAGAACGUCUUCCUCUCCCAGCAGCCCCCUGUAAUCAGCACCGUGAUGGGGAACGGUUUCUACCGAAGCGUCCCCUGUGGGCCGAGCUGCAGCGGUACCGCCCGGGACAUGAUGCUGUUUGCCCCCGUGGCACUAGCCAGCGGCCCAGAUGGCUCCCUCUAUGUUGGGGACUUCAACUUUGUCCGCAGGGUCCACCCAGAUGGAUACACCAGAACCAUACUUGAACUCAAGAACCGGGACACCAGGCACAGCACCAGCCCUGCUCAUAAGUACUACCUGGCCAUGGACCCAAUGGGGGAGGUUCUGUACGUGUCGGACACCAGCAGUCGCAGAGUGUAUCGGGUGAGGAACCUCGGGCAGCCGAAAGACCCGUCACGCAACCUGGAGGUGGUGGCGGGGACAGGGGAGCAGUGUCUACCUUUUGACCAGAGCCACUGCGGAGAGGGCAGGAAGGCCACCGAGGCCGCGCUCAAUAAUCCUCGAGGUAUUGCAGUGGACAAAAGAGGCGUUGUCUACUUCGUCGAUGGCACCACCAUUCAGAAGAUUAAUGAGAGGGGUUUGCUCUCCACUGUGAUUGGCUCGAAUGGACUGAUGUCGACGCAGCCGCUAAGCUGUGAUGCACGCAUGGACAUCAACCAGGUCCGUCUAGAGUGGCCAACAGACCUGGCUAUCAACCCACUGGACAACUCUCUCUACAUCUUGGACAACAACAUUGUUCUACAGGUGUCAGAAAAUCUUCAAGUACGUAUUGUGGCAGGACGUCCAAUCCACUGCCAGGUUCCAGGUAUUGACCACCACCUGGUGAGCCGGGCAGCAGUGCGUGCCACCCUGGAGGCUGCCAAAGCUAUUGCCCUGUCCCACCUGGGCACACUGUUCAUCGCAGAGACGGAUGAGCGGCGCAUCAACCGCAUCCAGCAGGUGUCGACCAAUGGGGAGAUUUCUGUUAUCUCUGGAGCCCCCACGGAUUGUGACUGUAAGAUAGACCCCAACUGUGACUGCUUCUCCGGAGAUGGAGGCUAUGCCCGUGACGCUCGUCUCAAAGCCCCCUCCUCUCUGGCUGUGGCCCCCAACGGAACCCUUUAUAUUGCUGAUCUGGGAAACAUCCGGAUCAGAGCCGUCAGCCCCAACCAGCCUCAGCCCAGCCCAGCCGGACUGGUGGAGAUCAGCUCCCCACUGGACCAGGAGCUCUAUCUCUUCAGUCAGAAUGGCUCCCACAUGUUCACCAAGCACCUGAUCACUGGCCACUACCUGUACAACUUCUCUUACGGCACAGACGGUCUUCUGUCUGGGCUGAUGUGUCGCAACGGCCACAGGCUCCAGGUGAGGAGAGACGCUCAUGGAGUUCCUCUCUGGCUGGCGCUACCUAGCGGACAGGUGUACUGGCUGUCUCUUAGCAACAGUGGAACACUGAGGAAGGUGUCAGCCCAAGGCCAUGACAUCGCCCACAUCACCUACCAUGGCAACACGGGUCUCCUAGCAACCAAGAGUGAUGAGAACAGUUGGACCACUGUUUAUGAGUACAACAGCGAGGGCCGUGUGACCAACAUCACCCUCCCCACGGGUGACGUUAGCGGUUUCCACGGCAACCUGGAGCGCUGGUCUCGGGUGGAGGCUGAGGCAUCUAACCACGAGAACUUCAUCACCAGCACCAACCUGUCUGCCAGUGAUACCAUCUACACCUUCAGACAAGAUAUAAUAACAGACCACGCUCAGAGUUCAUACAGAGUCAGCGCCGAUGGGUCCUUUCUGGUGUCGCUGGCAAGUGGGAUGGAGCUGUCUCUCAGCACAGAGCCCCUUCUCCCGGGAGUCGUCGGGGGAGGACUCAGUCCAACAGCCAGUCGCUGUAACAUUAGCCUGCCAGGAGACCACGCCCCCAGUCUGAUCGAGUGGAGGCAGAGGAAGGAGCAGAGCAAGACCAACUAUAGCACUUAUGAACGCAGGCUCAGGGCACACAACAGGAACCUGCUGUCCAUAGACUAUGAUCAGAACACUAGAGUGGGGAAGAUCUACGAUGACCACAGGAAGUUCACCCUCCACAUCCAGUAUGAUCCGCUGGGCCGACCCGUGGUGUGGUCCCCCAGCAGCAAAUACACCGAAGUGAACAUCAGCUACUCAGGUGGAGGACUGCUGUCAGCCAUCCACCGCGGAGAGUGGUCUGAGCGGCUGGAGUACGAGAAUGAGAGGGUGAUCUCCAGAGCGUGGGUCAACGGCAAGAUCUGGAGCUACACAUACGCAGACAGAUCUAUUAUGCUACUCCUACAUAGCCAACGGCGCUAUGUCUUUGAAUACGACCAAACGGACCGUCUGGUCGCCGUCACAAUGCCUAGCAUGGUGAAACACACCAUGCAGUCGCUCCUGUCUGUCGGUUACUACAGGAAUAUUUACAUGCCUCCCGACAGCCAGGCCUCCUUCAUGCAGGACUACACCCUGGAUGGGCGACUGAUGAGAAUCCAGUACUUGGGAACAGGACGUAGUGUCAUCUACAGGUAUACACCAGCAGCACGGCUCUCGGAGGUGGUUUAUGACUCCACCCUGGUGACCUUCACUUAUGACGAGGCCUCUGGCACUGUCAAGACCAUUCAUCUCACCCACAACGGCUUCAUUAGCUCCAUACGAUACAGACAGACAGGUGGCACUAAUCUGUGA